UCACGUGAGCCGAGUUUGCGAACGCGCACUACUUCAAGACGCGUGCGCGUGCGGGCAGAGGGUAAAGACACGAGAUAUCUAACCCGUGGUAUCCAACACUUGGAAAACUCUGUUGCGAGACAGAAAAGCAUGCGCAAUUGAAAGGAAACCGAGGCGGACGUCUAGUCGAAGAGAAGCUGACUGAGCGGAAUUUUAAGCAAAGAGGAGAAGGUACAACAGAGGGCAUUUAGAGCCAUAGCUGUGACACAUCCAGCUAAUGUUGAUGCUUUGCGUUUUACACUCUGCAGACAAAGGAAGUGAUUAAGAGAAUACAGUUGAGCACCGGAAGGGGGGUCUUGAACUUUUGACACACACAAAUGGAGCCCCUCUGCAGCUUGCCAGACUCUGCGUAAUGUUCUCCACAUUGGCUUAUGCGCGAGUUCAGCUGUCAGUGUGGAGGAUUGCUGCAGGCUGCAAGGCAACUGUGAGAAGUUCCUGGGAGCUCUGAGAAGUAGACUGGGAGUCACUCGCAGAGAAGGAGAGGACUCCAACCCUUUCACAUAGAGGAUAAAAAAGGGAGACCUUCUUGAGCAGGAGGCAGCACCUCUGGGAUUGGAAGGAAGCCGGAGCUGGCAGGAUGGUUGUGGUGGCGUGGCUGUCUGCAGAGUGGGCCUGGCAAGCUGUUGUUCUGGUGGCUGGACUUGCAUCUCUGAGCUGUGGUUCUGACGCCAACCUUUUGGACACAAUGCUACUGAGGAGUGGAUGGAGGGAGGAAUCGGACGGGCCAUCGGAGGACAGCAGCAGCACCGCCACAGUUUCAGCUGAGAACACACUGCGGUGCCACUGCUACCCUCAGUGCCCCGAUGGAUCCGUCAACAACACCUGCAUGACCAAUGGUUUCUGCUUCACCAUGGUUAUGGAAGAGGAGGGGGGUCAUGUUGUGUUGAGCAGAGGUUGUUUGGCGCUGAGUGGCUCUGAAUUUCAGUGCAGAGACACUGGGAGUGCACGCUCCUGGAGAGUUCUUGAGUGUUGCACGGAUCAUGACUACUGCAACAGAAAACUACGUCCAACGCUUCCUCCGAUCAUCACAUCAGAAUACGUAGACAGCAGCAUCCAGUACAUUGCCCUGUUCAUUUCAGUGGCAGUUUGCAGCAUCUUUUGUGUCGUUCUCAUCCUCUGCUAUUUCAGAUACAAGCGACAGGCAUCGCGGCCGCCCUACAGUAUCGACCUGGAGCAGGAUGAGACAUACAUUCCUCCCGGGGAGACUCUGAAGGAUCUGAUAGAGCACUCCCGCAGCGCCGGCUCCGGGUCUGGAUCAGGACUCCCUCUGCUGGUUCAGCGGACCAUUGCCAAGCAGAUUCAGAUGGUUAAACAGAUCGGAAAAGGCCGAUAUGGAGAAGUGUGGAUGGGCAAAUGGAGAGGGGAGAGAGUGGCUGUCAAAGUCUUCUUCACAACUGAGGAGGAGAGCUGGUUCAGAGAAACAGAAAUUUAUCAGACUUUCCUGAUGAGGCAUGACAACAUACUGGGAUUCAUCGCAGCUGACAUUAAAGGAACCGGCUCGUGGACUCAGCUGUACCUGAUUACAGACUACCAUGAGAACGGAUCCCUGUACGACUACCUCAAGUCCAACACCUUAGAUGUCAGCGCUCUGCUGAAACUGGCUUAUUCCUCCAUCUCAGGCCUUUGCCACCUGCACACAGAGAUCUAUGGCACACAGGGCAAACCUGCUAUAGCGCACCGAGAUCUAAAGAGCAAAAACAUCCUAGUGAAAAAGAACGGCUUCUGCUGUAUCGCCGACCUGGGACUUGCUGUCAAGUUUAACAGUGACACCAAUGAGGUAGACAUCCCUCCUAACCUACGAGUUGGGACCAAGCGCUACAUGCCACCUGAAGUGCUGGACGAGACCCUGAACAUAACCACCUUCCAGUCCUUCAUCAUGGCUGACAUGUACAGUUUUGGUCUCAUUCUUUGGGAAGUGGCACGGCGAUGCACCUCUGGAGGUGUUGUUGAAGAACAUCAGCUGCCCUAUCAUGACCUCGUGCCCACUGACCCUUCAUAUGAAGACAUGAGGGAGGUAGUCUGCAUUAAGAAGCAAAGACCUUCGAUUGCAAAUCACUGGAGCAGCAAUGAGUGUCUACGGCAGAUGGGGAAACUGAUGUCAGAGUGCUGGGCUCACAACCCGGCUUGUCGCCUCACAGCCCUCCGGGUGAAGAAGACCCUUGCGAAGAUGUUAGAGUCCCAAGACAUCAAACUGUGACAGAGAAUCAGGGAGAUGUUUUCUUCUCACCUACAGACUUGUCACUGCCACUGGCACAGACCUCUUAAAAUGACCAAUCGAAGAAAGGGAAAAUAAGAGACUGUGAAUGUUUGGAUAAAAGACACUGGCAUGCAGGAUAGGCGAUAAUGGAGCCAGGAAGAAUGUCAAGAAAAAGAUUUAGCAGACAUCUGUCCUCAGAUUGUAAGAGAUCAGAUUGUGCUUUCUGUGAAAGCGGAGUGUUUGCCCGGCCAAAGACUGUCCGUGUAGGGAGCGGCCCAGCAGGUUCCAGUGAGGAUGCUGCUGCUGCAACCUCCUUCCUGAAGCCAUACAGCAUUAUUCUGAACAGUCUUUUGUGCUGUCACAACUUUCCUUUAUGUGUUUGAAUGAUUUUUAUUUCCAUGAGCUUUGUGAGACUCGUUGCAUGGAGAGUUCACGCUCAACAUGAUGGUAACUUCAGCCUAAUAAUUCUAAGACAAGUGACCUCAUAGUCAAAAAAGUAUUGAAUAUAUAUAUUUUAUUUUGUAAUUUUGUUCCUUAUAAUGUAUUUUUUAAGUUUAUUUUGUUUCAAAAUUAAACUAAGAUCUUCUGAACUUUCCAAGCCGAGUCUGUCAUCUUUGUAUCAUUUUUAAAUUACAGUCAAUUUUUACAAAGUUCGUCUGAACCUAACCAAAACAUAGAGGUUUCUUUCCAGAACUUCAAAAUGUCUUUUAGGUAUUUUCCCUAAAGCAUUAAUUAUUUUAAAAAAUUUCCACCUACUUUCCUAAAAUGUAGCUGAAAAUAUAUUUACUAAUUCCUGGAGAUGAGCCAGAAAUGUCUUGGUGACUUUGACUGAGGUAUGUUUUGAAUUUGCAAGGUAAGAAAAGGUAUGUGGAUACAAUUUACAAUUGUAUACAAUCUAUACAAUUAUAGAUACAAUUUGUAUUUGUUCUGUUUUGUGCCUUUUGUGGACAUCUGGAGACUUGACAAGGUAGGUUUUGAAAAUCAGUUGUCUUUUACGUGUUUCUGUUGAAAUUUUUGGUUUGGCUAAAAUGAAAUUAACCAAUCAGACAUACGCAGCUAGUCUCUUGUCUCCCUUUUAGCACAACUAAUUGUGUUCAAAAAUCAUACUGACUGAGGACAGAGAAUGUUUUUGGGUUCCCCGAUGCCUGAAUGUCCAUUUUUUUAAAAUUAUUUGCCUCAUGGUUAUCAUUGUUUUGUUACUUCUCAUCUGCCCUUGGGAUAUGUCUUUACCGCAGCCUGAUUGGUUGCUGUGAAUUUAACUGACCACUCAGAAGAGAGUCUGAUUUAUUGUUUUUUGGUUUUUUUUACCUUGUCUCUGCUUCUUUUAGCUGAUGCCUUGGUGUGCUUCCUUUGGUAUAAAGCUGUUUAUGUAAAAAUAAAAAAAUAAUCAAACUUGCCAG